AUGGGCAAGUUCGAAGCAAUGAACUUGGAGUUAAUGAGGAACAAGAUGGCUAAAAAGGAAAAGCUUGGACCUUUAAGGUACACGGAAAAGAAGAACCACGUUGUUGGUAAGUCGUCUGACCCUGUGAGACGUGAAGAAGUUGGGAAGUAUCUGGUAAAGGAGGGAAACUUAUACCUUAGCCGGCACACCCUGAAAGUGAUGGCUAACAUGAAGACUUUCGUACGUUCGGGAUCGAUUCAAGGUUGUGUUAUUGACGUGUCUCCCGAUGGAACUAAGUUCUGGACUCCUUCGUGUGAUGAGGUGGUUAGGCCUUUUGAGGGGCAGCUUUUUCCUUCUCUUGCUCACGGUAUUGUUUUUAAUCGCCAGUAUGGGUCUCUUUUUGGUUUUGACGUACGUUGUAGUUCAGUGCGUAAGAAUAGGGAGGGUGUGGUUGUAAAAAACUUGUUGGUUUGUUCGCGUGAGGGAUUCAAGCCAGGGGGGCAUGGACCCGGUGUUGUGAAUGGUGCGUUGGAUCAACCAGCUGUGGCUCUAAAGUGCCGGCGUGUUUCGAAUAUAGUGGGUUGCAAAGCUAGGAUGUUGUUGAAGAUGGUUGACGAUGGGGUUUUUGUGGUUCAUUUCAUUGAGCACCGACAUAAUCAUUGUCUUUGCUCGGAUGUGGCUAGGCCGUUCCUGCGGGUUAAUCGUUCCAUAGAUGUUCAAUACCAAAUUUUUAUGCUUAAGUGUGCCAGGGCCAACGUUGGGCCUAAUAGGUCAUUUCGCUUGGCUAGGGAGUUUGCGGGGUCAUAUUCCAAUGUUGGUGCGACAUGUGUGGACUUUAAAAACUUGAAGCGUGACUUUAUGGCGUAUAUUGGCACUUCUGAUGCUCAUGUUGUUGUGAAAAAAUAUGCUAAGAAGGUAGAAGAUUGCCCAGACUAUUUCUUUAAAUAUGAUUUGGAUUCUGAGGAUCAGUUACGGAGGGUGUUUUGGGCUGACCCUAUUGCGAAGGAAAAUUAUUUAACUUUUGGCGAUGUGGUGUCGUUUGAUGCGACUUAUGGUACUAAUAGGUAUGGUAUGGUAUUGGUUCCAUUUACUGGUGUUGAUAAUCACAAGAGAGGCGUCACGUUUGCAAUUGGUUUGAUUUCUCGUGAAGAUGUGGAUUCUUAUGUGUGGCUUCUUCAACAAUUUAAAUCUGCAAUGGGUUGUGUGCCUAGUUUCACUAUCAGUGACCAAGAUCCUUCGAUGCGGAUUGCAGUCCCACAGGUGUUUGGUACUAUGCGCCACAGGUUUUGUAUGUGGCAUAUAAUGUCAAAGGUUGGUGAGAAGGUUGGUAAUGUUCUAUCUAAAGACGAGGAGUUUCGACGUGCUUUGAAUGAUGUUGUUUGGAAUGAGACGUUGUCCGUGGAGGAGUUUGAGCGGGGUUGGCAGGACGUAAUGGAAAAGUAUAGCCUUGGUGAUCACCGGUGGUUUCGUCUAAUGUAUGAUCUGAGAUCGUAUUGGAUUCCUGCGUUUUUUAAUGAUCUUUUCAUGGGUGGGCUGCUUCGCACGACAUCCAGGUCCGAAGCUGUGAAUAGUGUGUUUGGUAGUUGCACAAACCAACAUAAUAGUUUGUCUGCGAUGUUCAACAAUUUUGAAGGGGCUAUUGAUGCUCAACGUGCGACGCAGGCCAAACUGAAUGCCGAAUGUGAGGGCCAUUUUCCUACUUCCGAGACUCCGUUGUUGAUUGAGAAGCAUGCGGCUGCAGUGUAUACUGUUAACAUUUUUUAUGAUGUUCAAGCCGAGGUUAUUGCGGGAUCUUUUUCGUGUCGUUCUGUUCGUUCAAAUGUUGAUGGGGUGGUAACCCGUUAUGAGGUGCAAGAUGGUGAUGAGUUGGUGCACACGGUGAUUUUUGACUCUGGUAAUAUUGUUGUGGAGUGCACGUGUAACAUGUUUACACGGGUUGAGUUACUUUGUCGUCAUAUUUUCUGGGUUUUCAAGGACCGCAAGGUUGUUUCUAUCCCUUCUCGGUAUGUUGUUUCACGUUGGACUAGGGGUGCUUGUGUGCGGCAGUUGUUGGGGGUUCAACGUCGGGGGUCGGCGGAUGUAGAUGUCGCUAUUGGUGAAGCUUGGGCAGAAUUCUUCUCAUGCAUGAUCAUCGCGUCACGGAGUGUUGAUAAUGUUAUGAAGCUGACUGCAUAUUUGAAAGAUUUCAACGCUAAUUUAUUGGCUGAGAAUGGUCCCAACGAUCCCUCUUCUUCUUCUUCUUCUAAGAAGCAACUUUUUGAGGUGUUUUGCGGUGCUUCGCUCGAUGGUGAAGUUCAUAUUCGUCCUCCUCCUAUCUCCAUUAACAAGGGUGGUGGCAAACGUUUCAAAAGUUCAAGGGAAUUAGCUAUUGAAAAGGCUGGACGUCGUCAACGACAAUGCCAAACUUGUGAAAAGUAUGGCCAUAAUAGUCAUACAUGCCCGAUGCGGAACGUAAACAUUUGA